UGAUUCUUUUCUUUCACUUAGUGUUGCCUUUCCUUAACAGAAAUAUUCGGAAUACAAAUUAAUCUCCUUAGAAAUCUCCAAUAUGUUCGGAAAGGACGCUAGUAAGGGCGGAAUCGAAUUUCAAUUUCGAACUCUUAGAGCCAAUGGUGCUCGCCAGCGCGAAGCUUUCGAAAAUGGCAUUGAUCCACAAACUCUCGAUAUUGGUGUUGUUAAUGGCAAAUGCGAGAAUUCCCUAUUAUAUUUUCAAGAUUUCAUUAUCUAGCACCCGAACUAGCACAACAUUUCCUUGCUUAACUUUUCAACACACAGACCAAAUAUUAAUAUACAUCAUAGCAAUGGCAAAGUGGUUGAACGAUGGUCGUACCGCAUCUGCCUUGGACCAUCAAUUUCGACCCAUCAAAGCUGCUGCUAAGAAUGCAUCAUGCAAUUCCCCUUCUUCCUUUAGCAUUGCUUUACGCGCCUCCUCCGUCAAAUUCUAUCCAUAUUUCAUAACGUCUUACCAUCCAUCCAUCGCAACCACUCAUCCCUAUAGGAAUAUCUUACUAACAUCUUUCAGCCACCGCCGAAAAAUACGGUGAUGGUACAACAGGUAAGGCUAUAUCCACCCGUUUCGAAAGGUAUGUAUCC